GUGGGUGGGGUGGUGUCUGUGUGUUUUGUGUGUGUGUGUGUGUUGCUGCAAUUUGGUUCUGCAUGAACCAAUAUCAAGUCCCUGUAGUAAAUUUGAACACAGCCAGACAUGCUGGGAGGUGCUUGAGAAAGAGAAAAAGCAGUCUUGGCACAGUGAUCAGUAAUGUUCUGCAGAAAAGAAAGUAUAUUUCCAGGAGUGCACCUCGUUUGCUCUGCACCUUACAAUCAGGUGCUGAUCCCCAAAUGAAGCUGAACAUUGAAUAUCUGCCAGACCAGAAUGGAUUUCAGCAGUGGUUCGAGACCUCCCGUACGCUUGUUUGGUUACCGGCUGGGAUUCCGACACAGUGGAGGCAUAGGGUCUGGCUAACGUUGGCUGACCAUUACCUUCAGAGCAUUUCCGUUGACUGGGCAAAGAGCAAGGAACUUUGUCUUAACGGGAGAGGUGACCUGGACGAGAAUGCACUGGGCGUUCAGAUAGACAAGGACCUGCGGCAGUCCAGCUGUGAGGUGUCCUGGGGCCCAGAUGUGGAGUCCUCUCGCAGUGUGGUGAAGCGCCUCCUGCUGGCCUACGCUCGCUGGAACAAGUCGGUGGGGUACUGUCGAGCUUUCAUAGAGCCCGUAGCACUCAUACUGGAGGUGAUGGGAAGGGAUGAAGGAGACACAUUGAAGGUCCUGAUUUAUCUGCUGGAGAGAGUGCUUCCGGAGAAUUACUUCGCUCCUGAUCUCAGCGCUUUGACGGUUGACAUUGCCGUCUUCCACGAACUGUUCAACCGCAAGCUCCCGGAGCUGGCAAAACAUCUGGACGGCCUUUACAGAGCAGCUGGCAAAGACCAUGACGGGAGACGUGUUUUGCCGCUCACCAGUGUGGUCACAAUGCAGUGGUUCCUGACCCUCUUCACCUCCUGUCUUCCCAAGGAGACCUUUCUCCGCGUCUGGGACGCGUUCUUGUUUGAUGGGUCAGAGGUGCUCCUGCGGGUGGCGUUGGCUACAUGGGCCCACCUGGCAGAGUGGAUUAAGAAAUGCCAGAGCCCCGAUGAAGUUGUCAAACGGUUGAGUCAGACAUCGCUGGAGACAAAGUUGGCCGACUCGAGCAAGCUCAUGCAGACUGCGUAUUCGAUGGCGAGCUUCCCUGCCUCGCAAGUGGCUGAACUGAGAGAGAAGUACAGUACGGCCUCACUCACAACAGCAUCAAGCUGCCAACUAAAAGAAAGCCAGUGCGUAAGGAAAGCACAGAGAGAAGUCUACGUCCUCACUUCUACACCGGGCUGCCGACCAGCAUACAUCGCACAAGAUCAACAAGACACAGGGAGCGACGGUUCGUGCUCUCACGGGACGCCCCUGCGCUCCAGGAAGUCUAAAGUCAUCAACCAUUUGCUGGGCGGAAAGAAGGUGAAGAACAGCAGCAAAAGCAACCGAGUCCAUCACACCUCCACCCCCAAGAUCUCUCAACGUACGCAGAGAGAUCAGAAAAACAAGCUGAGCGUCCCCUGGUGUUCUCAAAAGAGAGCCCCUCACAAAAGUCUGGCCAGGAAUCUGAAGACCAAGUCAGGCUACGGUGACACUGUCGGUCUGUUGGACGACCAGACAGACGGCACCAAAACAGAACACGUCAAGGACAAAGAUCCCGUUCAAAGAGCAGGGGUAAAAAACAGCAAUGCUUCUCAAACCCACUGGGCAGUUCAAACCAGUUACAAUGAACAGUUGGAGGUGCUGCUGUUUGAGAAAGAAGUCGACAGCCUGGUGGAGGUUGAAAACAUGUUGAAGGCACUUCAAGUAGGAGAGGAGAGACCCCCCAUCACAGCAGAAUCCAGCAGCAAGCUCAUAACCCGGGGCUGUUUUGCCGGAUUGAAAAGGGAUCAGUCCACAGCAAACAGCAUCGCUGUUCUGUCUAACAUGAAGGUCAAUCAUUCCACUUGUACUGCUUUGAAGAAAGUCUCCAGGAACAAAGAGUUUGGGAUUACAUGGACCAUACAGUAAGAUUCGGAUCAAUUAUGCAUUAGGGAAAGAAAUGACAAACCAUAAUGUUGCUUUGGGCCUGGGGUAGAGAUAUGUUGGUGUGCUAGGGAGUCACAUUAUUUCACAGGAACUAGUUAAAUGCAUAAUCUUCAAGAUCAUUUGUUUGGACAGUAUACGCAGAUUAAAUAUGAUUAGUAUGAGUCACAGGAUGUUAAUGACUGUUGCAAAAAUUUCCCCUCAGCCAAACUUCAUUGACUUUACAAUUUUUAAUUGACAGAUAAAGGGGACAUGUAUUGUUUGACUACUUGUGAUGCCACAUCAUGUGUAUUGCUUUGUGUAUUGCACAUGUUCCAUCUGUCUUAAAACAUCUGAGCAGGUCUAAGAUUCACAGCGAAAGCUUAUUAAGUUUCUAGCCAAGAUGUGUGUGGAUUUCAGACUGUAAGUUAGGCAUGUUUUAUUUCCGUAACCUUUCUGAAUGCAUUUUGAAUCUGUGCAGUAGUUACAGUAGCAGUACUCACGUAUUCCAGGGAGCUUAUUCAUACUGGGGCUCAUGCUUUAGAAAUUGAACACAGAUUUGUGUUUGUUUUCAGAAUCUCAAUUACUAGGUGAAUUAGUUAUCUAUCCAGUCAAAGUGUUAUUAAAAACUAUAGACUCUGCGAAAUCUAAUUUCAAGCAUGCCUUUCAUAAAUUAAUCAAUUCAUAAAUAUAACUCGGUAAAAAUGUUCUUUGUCGCAUAAAAUAGUAGGGUAGCAUACUGGUAGUAUGGUUGUUGAAUCACAUAAUUACAAAUGUAAAAACAUUGAGUGUCCCUAUAAGACUCCACUUUAGAAAUUUCAUGGUCGAAUCUAUUUUUCAUAGCUGUUAGAAUCAAAGUAGUUUAUUAUGAAUGUCAUGUCGGAGACUUGUGCUCAGAAGGGCAAAUGCAAUGAUCAGGAUUGUUGAUAAACCCUUAGGUAAUAUUCCUUGCAUUUGAUAUAGC